AUGUCGACCGGCACAUCAGCAGCCUCCGCUGAAUUCACCACCUCAUCUGAAACCACAGAUACCAGACCACAACAAGAAGGAGAAUACCUCGCCUGGCGCCCACCAACAUCCAGCACUCCUUCAGCCAACACCACAAACAACCAUGCAACUACAAAUACCUACACAACCUACAACCCAACGACCCCCAUUCACCCCCCUCCCAACGGCCGACCCUAUAACCCACCACCACCCGCCGCCGAAAAACCUCUUGACCCUUCCAUCCUCCCCAAUGGCUCCAUGUCCCUCUCCGGCAUUGCAACACGCGCCUUCGGGCUCGGCCUCAUCCUCGGCCUCUCCAGCCUAACUACCAUCUACAUGCUCACCGUCCCGCAACAACAAACCACGCUCUGGCGCAUUCCAUUCUUCGUUUCCUCGCUCUGCCUAUUCCACUUCCUCGAAUUCUGGGUUACGGCGCAAUACAACACGAAAUAUGCAGACGUCUCUUCGUUCUUGUUAACUUCGAAUGGCGCGGCGUAUAACAUUGCACAUGGAUCUGCGAUGCUGGAAUGCGUGGUGUCGCAUUAUCUGUUCGGAUCGUCGACAUCAAGCAUCAUCCGCACGGUAUCGACUGCGCUUCUCCUCUUCGGGAUCUUGUGUAUGGUCGUAGGCCAGAUUGUGCGCACACUCGCCAUGGCAACGGCGGGAAGUAAUUUCAAUCACAUUGUGCAAGUCCGUCGUCGAGAGGGCCAUGUGCUGGUGACAGGCGGUAUAUACAGUGUGCUACGACAUCCGAGUUAUUUCGGCUUCUUCUGGUGGGGGUUGGGAAGUCAAUUGGUGCUGCAGAAUGUGGUCUGCUUUGUGGGUUAUGCAUUGGUUUUGUGGCGGUUUUUUAGUUCGAGGAUUUACCGUGAGGAGAGAUUCCUUAUCGCAUUUUUCGGGGAUGAGUAUAUUUCUUACAAGAGCAGGACUAUUGUCGGAAUUCCAUUCAUUGCAUAG